ACUCUCACUGAGGUGAUGAGAUUCCAGCGCAACACCACCCUUUUCAGACAGGGACGCUGAGGCAAAAGAGGAGCAGAGUCCUAUCCAGGGUCACCUCAUAGGUCACCGCAGAGCCAGGGCUAGAAGCCAGGACUUGUGACGGUAGCCCAGUGUUCGUUCCCCAGCCCUCAGGUUUACCUAAGCUCCCGGGGUCCUGGAUAGAGGGUCCCUCCCUGGGUAGAUCCUGGAAAAGGGAAGAUGAAGCUCAGCACUGUCCCCACGGUCCCUGCAAGACCUCAGGGGUCAGGCUGCAAGUGGAGCAGACCCCUCAACCUCUGGAUUUUAGGGCCAUGGUACAGGAACUGUUGCCCCAGAUUCCGGCUCUUAGCUCGACCCCCGCAGGAAGGAAUUAGAGGUACCUGGCCAGGCUGAGUGGGCUGCUGCUUCUGAGCAGAUUACAAGGAGGGGCCGAGACAAGGGCUCCUUUGUGGAGGCCGUGGCUUAGGGAGUCAGGUGAUCGCUCAGCACACAUGUAUGUGGGCAGUACCAGCCUCCCCGUGUGGGCACGGGCACUGGCUAUAGGGUCUCAGUCCCACCAGUCCAGUGGCCAGAGCUUUCAAGGGAUCGUCUGACCAGACUGGAGCCCCACCUGUCCCGAGGUGGGGAAUGAGCUUGGUGUGCACCAGGCACAGAGACAUGGUUUGUAGCUGCAUCAGAACAAGUGGGGGAGGAUGGAGAUUCAAUCACUGCUUCAAAUAAAGUUUUAUUGAGCACCUGCUAUGAGAACAACACAGGAGCUUCCAUUUGGAGGAGGAAAGAGGCAGCAAGCAGCAGGACCCACGCCCACCUGCUGCAGCCCAGUGCCUGGCCAUGACCGUCACCUACUCCAGCCAAGUGGCCAAUGCCCGCCUGGGCUCCUUCUCCCGCCUCCUGCUGUGCUGGCGUGGCAGCAUCUACAAGCUGCUCUACAGAGAGUUCUUCAUCUUCCUGUUCUGCUACUACACCAUCCGUUUCAUUUACAGGCUGGCCCUCUCGGAGGAACAGCAGCUGCUGUUCGAGAAGCUGGCUUUGAAUUGCGACAGCUACAUCCAGCUCAUCCCCGUUUCCUUCGUGCUGGGUUUCUACGUGACGCUGGUCGUGACCCGCUGGUGGAACCAGUACGAGAACCUGCCGUGGCCCGACCGCAUCAUGAGCCAGGUGUCCGGCUUCGUCGAGGGCAAGGACGAGCAAGGCCGGCUGCUGAGGCGCACGCUCAUCCGCUACGUCAACCUCGGCCACGUGCUCAUGCUGCGCAGCAUCAGCACCGCGGUCUACAAGCGCUUCCCCACCUUGCAACACUUAGUGCAGGCUUUAUGACCCACGGGGAAUACAAGCAGUUUGAAAAACUGAGCUUGCCACACAAUAUGUUCUGGGUGCCCUGGGUGUGGUUUGCCAACCUGUCCACAAAGGCCUGGGUUACAGGUCGAAUCCGGGACCCUGUUCUGCUCCAGAGCCUGCUGAAUGAGAUGAGCACCUUGCGUACUCAGUGUGGACAUCUGUAUGGCUAUGACUGGAUCAGUAUCCCGCUGGUGUACACACAGGUGGUGACCGUGGCAGUGUACAGCUUCUUCCUGGCUUGCCUGGUUGGCCGGCAGUUUCUGAACCCGGCCAAGGCCUACCCGGGCCACGAGAUGGACCUUGUUGUGCCGGUCUUCACGUUCUUGCAGUUCUUCUUCUACAUGGGUUGGCUGAAGGUCCCCAGAGUCUCACCCAUCCCCAAGGUGGCAGAACAGCUCAUCAACCCUUUUGGAGAGGAUGAUGAUGAUUUUGAGACCAACUGGAUCAUCGACAGGCACUUGCAGGUGUCCCUGUUGUCUGUGGAUGAGAUGCACCAAGAUCUGCCCCCCCUAGAGCGGGACAUGUACUGGAAUGAGAUAGAACCCCACCCACCCUACACAGCUGCUGCUUCCCAGUUCCGCAAACCCUCCUUUUGGGGCUCCACAUUCAACAUCAGUCUGCAGAAAGAAGAGAUGGAGUUUCAGCCAAAUCAGGAGGACGAGGAGGACACUCACCAUGGUAUCUUUGGUCAUGAUCAUCAAGGUGUCAUUAGUCACCUCCUAGGGCUGCCAUCCCAUGACCACCACCCUCCCAGGACAAACUCCAAGACCAAACUACUAUGGUCCAAGAGGAAGCCCUACCUCCACGAGAGUCAACCCAGUAAAGACAAACAGAGCCCUGGGGACCAGGAAGACACCAAGGCCUGGAAGCUCAAGGUGGUAGAUGUCUUCAGGGAUGCUCCACUCUACGAGAGGCCAGGCUACCACAGUGCCCCACAGACGCCCCUCAGUCGCACGCCCAUGGUCUUCCCAGAACUGUCAGCCCCCUCUGGGCUACAUGGCAUCACAGGCACUGAUACAAGUGACCAAAGCCCAAAGCCUGUGACUUCUGGGGCCAAGAACCAUUUUGAAUUGCUCCCAGAUGAUGGGGCCUUGAGGGAGCACCCAGAAGUACACCAUGCAAGGAAGAAAACUGUCGAGUUUAACCUGAAGGACAUACCAAAGAUCCCCGAAGGUCAUCUCAAAAGACAUUCGCAACGCUUGACAAGCAAUAUACACACAAUCCUCGAAGAUCCCGUAGAUCCUGCAGCUCCCCUUCACACCUUGGAAAACAGGGAUGAACUAUAUUCCUAGCUUAUCUCCCAAGGGGGAUACCUCACCAGCCUGGUCUUCACCUGCCUGUAAUCAGCGGGACACUGAUCCAGUCAUGCCCACACAGUUGUCCACAUUGGAGUAUGUUCCCAUGACAGCCGGAUUUAAAUGGCUAGCUUAAUGGACAAGUAACUAGUCCAGGACUACUUCAGCCUUUAAUACAUUAAAAAACUGUAUAAACUAGGGGCUGGGGAUGUGGCUCAAGUGGUAGUGUGCUUGCCUGGCAUGCAUGUGGCCGGGUUCAAUCCUCAGCACAAAGAUGUUGUGACUGCCGAAAACUAAAAAAUGAAUACUAAAAAAUUCUCUUAAAAAACUGUUUAAACUAGAAUGAACCACUGGAAACAUGUAUUUCAGAACUAUUUGAAUUCAACACACCCACACCUUGUUAUCUUUCCUCAACUAAGGAGUCUAAUAAAUACAAGAAUUCUUCUAAGUA